AGAUUAAAUAAUCAAAUAUGUAGCCCAUUAAGGGAACAAAUUUUAAUUAAGUAUUCAUUAUAAUAUGAUCCACCUCUCCCCUUCUCAAGUGUUUAUAAGCAUGGUGAUAAUGCUUACACGAAGCUGAGAAAACACCCACAAGAAAAACCAAAAACAGCAAGAAAAGCAAAAACCCACAAAAAAUCAAUAUGACUGGUUCAGGUCCUCCUUGCGGUGCCUGCAAAUUCUUGAGAAGGAAAUGUGUGAGGGGUUGUGUUUUUGCACCUUAUUUCUGCCAUGAACAAGGUGCUACACAUUUUGCAGCCAUUCACAAGGUUUUCGGUGCAAGCAAUGUGUCAAAGUUGCUUGCUCACCUCCCUGUGAGUGAUCGAUGUGAGGCUGCAGUUACAAUUUCUUAUGAAGCUCAAGCUAGGCUUCAAGAUCCCAUCUAUGGCUGUGUUUCACACAUUUUUGCUCUCCAACAGCAGGUCAUGAAUCUGCAGGCGCAACUUGCUUCUCUCAAAGAACAAGCAGCUCAAAGCUUGCUCAAUGGCUCUGCCGCAGCAAACCCUAAUGAAAAGUACUAUGGAAAACCAGCUUCUCUUCCACAAGAUCUUCAAAGCUGGUUUCAGCCAGAGAAUUCAAACAUGGUGCCACAAUUCAAUCCAAGCCUCAGUACUGGAAACACAACAUAUGGCGAAAAUGGGUUUAUGGAUCCAUACUCCGUGGGAAGUUAUGGAAAUUCUUCAACAAGUACUUCAUUUGAUAGUUUUGAAGAGGCUUCUCAGUCCAUUUCUUCCCUUGACAUGCAAACAGACAACAAGCAAUGGACUUGUCAAGAUUCCGAUGACCUUCGGUCGGUGGCCUUUGGGUAUAUUCAGCACUCGUGAAGGGAGAGAAAGAAAAAGAGAAAGAGAAGCCUUUUGCAGGAGAUAUACAACUGGUGAAGACAGAUCAUAUACUGUCAUUUUUUGAAUUGCUGCUGCAUACUUUGAAACAUGCACUUUUGUCGCUACAAAUAAAAAAGCUAGGAACCCUAGAAAUUUUCAGGCAAAUCAGAAACCCUAAUUAAAUUUCUUCUACCCCAACCACUCUCUAUUAUCCUUUUCUUUAGUCUAGUGCAAUCUUGAAUAUUUGUAGAAUAUUAGCACUAUUCUCUGAGAAAAUCUAGUUCUUAUGAUUUUUAGUUAAUUCCUUUGUUUAUAGACCUAGCUAGGACCUAAAAUUUUGACCUAAUAAUAAAGUUAGUUGCCUA